AUGGACAGGCCGGGCUCACGGUGCCCUCUGCCAGGCUGCCCUCGGCCCUCUGUCCUUAUAUGCCUCCUGAUCCUGACAGCUUCUUUCCUGACAUACCCCAUGCUCAGGACCCUUAGCCUGCAGCUCCAUUCAGCCAUCACUGGCAGUUAUGUCUCCGGCACUUACUCCAUCGUCUUUGUCAACUGUCCCAACGAGCAAAUUGCCAGAGAUAUUGCCAGGGCUAUCCUGGAUAAGAAGCUGGCUGCCUCUGUGAACAUCCUGCCCAAGGCAUCCUCACUGUACUUUUGGAAUGGACUAAUAGAAGAAGCCACUGAGAUCCUGUUGUUAAUAAAGACAAAGACUUCCAAGGUCCACAUGCUGUCCAGCUAUGUCAGGUCGGUGCAUCCUUUUGAAAUCCCAGAGAUCUUCAGUCUUCCCAUGGACCAAGGAGAUGUGCACUAUUUAAAGUGGCUGGAGGAGGGCAUGGAAGAGGGCUGAGGGGGGCGGCUUUCUGUGGAUCCUGCUGGCUGCCUCUAGCCUUCAUCAGCUGCACUCUGGGGAAAGAGGCCUCUUCCUGCCUCCCAGCAUCUCUGGAUUCCCUGUUUUUGUCAGCACAGAGGAGCUAAGUUAACUUGUGGAGGCUGAAGGUCUGAAGCUCCUGAGGCUCACAGAGGAGGCUGGGCCAGUCAGGCCAAGCAAGAACCCAGUGGAACUUGUCUCUGAGUGCUUCAUGCUUAAAGGUGGCCAGGGGGUGGGAGGGCGAGGACGGUUGUGUGUAAGGGUCAAGGGGAGGUGGCAGUGAGGGUGAGGUUUGUCAUCUCCAGCAGUCACUGGGCCUACCUCGAGUGUCUAGGGUCGAAUUACUCUCCUGGUUCUCAGGAGGAGAAAUAGACCCGAUGACCUGUUUACCUAGAAGUGUGUGGGAUGAAGGUCACCUUCUAGAGGAACUGGCACAUUUUUUUAUUCAAAAGGAUGGAUUGUGAAUGGUGCCAUUUUGGACACAAGCAGGAUUGUUUCUCUUAGCUAAGGGUGGGCCUGGGGAUGGGCUUCAGGAGUGGGUCUAGGACUGGGGAAAUAUUAGCACUUAGACACAGCUCAUGGGUAGGAAUAGGUCUUCACUUUCGUAGCCUGAAUAUGACGGAUGUCAGAAGGUUCCGGUGCCUUGCUUAAUAGAGACAUAUGUUCUGAGCCCACCUUGCUAACCUUUUUACUUGAGCAUUGAAAUUGGGAGUCCUCUAGUUCUGACACUUGCUAGUCUUCUUAAACCUUAGUUCCUCCAAAUAUAAAUGGGCAGGAUCUUCAAGGGCCCUUCUGUGAGGACCUUGUAGGGACUUCAGGCUAAGGCCUUUUCAGAGGUCCAGAGAAUGCUUUUUUGAUAGCCAGUGGGGAUUGUGGCAGGCCAACUCAGGAGGAGAACACAGAGAACGAUCAUGUCCCUUUUACAACAGACGUUUCUGAUACGCCAACUCAACUGAAUAUGUACGGGGACCCCAAAUGUUCUGCCCAUAUAGCUUUCAGUAUAAAGUCCAGUCUCUUGGUCUGGCUCUCAAGGCCCUUCCUAACCUUGCCCUAACUCACUUUUCCGUCCUCACCUCCCUCUCCUCUCCUCCUGCAAGUGGAUGGCUCAGCGAACUGUGUGGUGUCAUUCCUGUGUUCAGGGCAUACCCUUUGCCUGGAGUGCCCUCCUGCAUGAAUGCUUGCGAAACAGGACGGCUCCUUUGCAAACCUGGCUCCCCGGUCAGACAGACUCUCUCCUGUCCCGGUGCCGCUGUUACACUUGUGCAUCAGCCAGCCUUGUACUUCUAGACUGUGAGCUGCUCGAGGUCAGGGGCAUGCCUGAAUCCUUUUGAUCUCUUGCACAGGAUGUGGCAAAUAGUUCCCAAGUUGGUGUCUCAAGGAUUUGAAUAACUGAAGCUUUUUCUACAUUCCACAGUUACUUUCUAACUUAUGGAAUGGGCAAAAUCCAACUUUUUUCCUUGAACUUUCUUAAAGUGGAACUAAUUCCAAAGGAGAGUUUUCUAUGUGUGGCCUUUGUGGGGUCAUUUUCUGUGCUGACUGUGCAUUGAAAACUGGUUCUUGGUGGCCUUUCACCUCAGUGACUAUUACAGGAAAUGGAAGGGGAGAGGGGCAAAGCACCAGCUCUCUCUGCCAGGCACUGUCCUAGGUUCUUAACAUUAUUUUACCCUUAUAAUUCAAUGUCCUCAUUUUGUGGAUGAAACCAGAGAUCAGAGCACCUAAGACACUUAAAGUAAGUGGCAGCUAAGCUCUGAACCCAAAUCAGGUUCUAAACUUGAUCCUCUUUACUGCCUCUUUCAAAGAGGUUGGAUAAUAUCCUUUUGUAGACCAAAGACCCAGAGAGGCUGCCAUAGCCUACUCUAAAGAAGGAGUUCUUGGCUCUUCAACCAUCUAUGUGCUAAGUUAGUCUGACACUUAGAAACAUAUUGAUUGCAUUGUUUACUUCUCACAGAUCCGGAGGUUGGUGAUAGUAUCCUCACAAUAGGACAGAGUUAGAGGAGUUCAGUGAUUUUUAGGGUCUGCAUGACUCCAACUCCCAUGGUUUGGCCGAUACCACACUGUCCUCCCCAGUGAUGCUCUGGGAGCUGAGGCCAGGGCCUAAACUAGUGUUUCCAUGUGGGAAUGCCUUCCCAACAUUUCUCAGGACAUGUAUGUUUUUUGAAUCUGGAAUCCCCAGAAAAAUCAGUUGAGGAAAUGAGAAAAAGUAUUAAAAUUAUCCGUGAAUACUAAAGCUUAAAAGAAUAGAGACAUUACUGGUUUGAAGGAAUCCAUCGUCAUCAAAUAAAAAACAAGAGCAAGAAACACCAGCAUGCAGAGUUGAAGGUUAGGAGAACCAGGACAGGAGUGUGUAGGACAAAUGGUUACUGUCUAAUCAGUUGUGCUUGUGAUUGUUGUGUCAUAAGUGUUGACUGUAGCCCUGUCUGCUGCAAACCAGGAGUUAUUCUUGCAAAUAAAAUAAGUUUAUAUACAGAAUACUUUACAUAGAUCCUGUGACCCAUGUUCCAAGUUGUAAGCUUUGAAAGCAAAAUAAAUUUUCAAUUUGGCA